UGUGUGUAUCGUAGCGAUGCAAAAGAGCAGUGGAAAGAGAGCUAGGUUACGGCAAAAAUUUUAGAAUUAAAUCGUUAAUACGUAAUAAAGUACGUACUCAGUGCAACGGAAAAUAAUGCGGUCGGCUGUACAAUCGAAAUCUAUUGCCACGAGUGUUCCAUAGUAGCUUUACAAAAUUUAACUCAGAUUUUGAACAAUUGAUUAUUACAUCAAUUUUAGAUUUGUACAAACUCCACUCAAUAUAAACACAACAUGGAAAUUUUACAUUCAGUGUCAUGAGAAUUAAUAUUGUAAAUCUAAAGCAAUAAUUACUUCUGCUCUUUAGUAUAAGUAGUUAUUUUGAUGUACAGACAUUGUUAAGACUUUAUAGAUUAUGACUAAGUUCAAAGAUUUGCAAUGAACUGUAAUAUUUUACAAUCAUAAAAUUGCCAGCAUACAGUGAUAUAGACAUGGAAGAGUCUAAUUAUGUAGUUGAGCCUGAGGGUUCCAUCAAAAUGGAAACGUUGGAAGAAAAGGAACCAUUUGUAAUAAAGCAGAUCAAAUUGGAAGAUAUAGAACCAUUUGCAACACCAGAUAGUUCAAAAGGGGAAACUAGCAAUGAUUCGACAAAGACUGAAAGCCCAAAAGUAGUGAAACCUGUACUCGGAAAACUUCAAGCUAAAAAAAGAUUAAUGGCAUUUGCAAAUAAGUUUAAUACUAUGCCAAAAAUAAACAAACUAAAAGCUAAACCAGAUAAAGCUAAAAGACAAGAAAAAAUUUUGGCUAUUGAAGAAAUUGUUAGAGAAGAGAAUCAAAGUAGAUUAGCUGCUCAAGAAGCAAGAGAUAUGAAUAUACGAAAUGUUAUGCAUCAAAGGAGAGCUAGAGAAGCAAGUAGAGAAAGACGAAAUGAAGAAAGAUAUUCCAGAAGAUCAUCGCACAGAAGAAGUGAGAGGGAUAGAAGGGAUAGAAGUCGUGAUAGGAGAUCCCGUAGUAGAUCAAGGCAAAGAUCUAGUCGAAAAUCACCCAGAGAAGAUGAACGUUACAGUAGCAGUAGACAUAAAGAGAAAAAGGAGAAGAAAGAUAAAAAAGAGAAGGAUGAUGACAAAAAAAGUGAUUCUAAAACUAAACAAGAAGAGUCCAAAAAUAGUAAAGAAGUAUCUAAGUUAUCAGAAAAAAUUGAAAAAGGAGAAACCAAGAAAGAUGAUGGAAAAGAUAAAAAAACUAAUGAUUCUAAACAAGAAACAAAAAAAUCUGACUUUCAUAAGAUUGAUAGUGAAAAAUCAGAAAGUGAAGAUAGAAAAUCAGACUCAAAAUUGGAAGAAACUAUAAAACAAAAUAUUUCUAGAUUAGAAAUCUCCAAAGAAGCAAGUAAUGAUAAAAAGGAUAAAUCGAAACAUAGUGAUAAAAAAAAAGAAGCGUCGGAAGAAUCUGGAAAUAUUACAGUUGAAAAAUCUAAUGAAAUGAAAAAAGAUAAAAAAGAUAAGGAGCAUAAACAUGAAAAGAUUGACAAAGAUAACCAAAUUGAAGUUAAAAUUGAACUAGUAAAGUCCGAUAAAAACAGUAAAUCAGAACAGAAAUCUGAAUUAAGCAAGCAAGAAAGUGUUUCAUCAGAGUUUGAGAAAAAAGAUGAUUCAAAAUCCGAAAAAUCUAAAAAAGACUUAAAAUUAGAAACAAGCAAGAAAGAGGACAAAGUAGAUAAAUCUAAGAGAGAAGACACUAAAAUUGAAGUAAAUAAGCGUGAAGAAUCAAGAAAUGAUGCUAAACGAGAUGACAAUUGGGAUGAAGUAAAAGUUAAACGUGAUGAAAUAAAACGUUCAAAUUCAAGAGAAGUGAAAUUAGAUAGACCUGAAAUAAAAGAGACAUCAAGGGACGAAUCACGAAUGAAAGUUCAUAGAGAACGUGAAAGGGAAAAGGACAAAUUAAGGGAAAUAAGAGAAAAGGAACUAUUGAAGUGUCAUUCUUGGAAAGAUUUCCAUAGGUAUGGUCUUGGCAUUGAAGACGUGGGAUAUGUUAGACGAAAUAGUAAUAAUGGAGACAAAAUUGGUGAACCUAGAUCUGCAGAGGAAUAUUUAGAGCAUCAUGAGCAGAUGUUAAUGCUGUCUAAUUCGCGAUUGCCAAGAUUUGCCUUUAUCGCAGAAGGUUUAAAAGGAUCUAAAGAAUAUCCGCCAGAAAUAAUCAAGUCAACAGAAGCCGAACCACAUAUAUUAUAUUGUGAAAAUCCAGCACAUCCAUUACAUUUUGAUCGCGACCAUGUCUUGAAUGCUGUUUCGCCAGAUAGACGAGAAAAAAUGGAAGACAUUUGUGGAGCUACACAGAUAAUGAUAAUCACAUCAGAACGUGAAGAGGGCCACCAUGAAAGAUUUUGGUAUAAGACAAUGGACCCGUCAAAAAUUAUAUCUGUUAGAACAUCUGUUGACGUUCCGUCAUUUCCAAGAUCGAAAUGGGAUAGCGAAAAUGAGACCAGUGAUAACGAUAAUGUGUUUGAGACGUCACCUGAUGAUUUCGUUUUAACCAAAAUACAAGAUCACACCAAAUCUAAAACUGAAAGAGGAAAGUCAGAGCCGACGCCAGAAAUUAAAUUGAAAGAAAAACCAGAAAAAUAUACAGAACCAGAGCGUAAACCGGAGCCAGAAACAGUAACGAAAUUGCUACCAAAAUCAGAAACUAAGGAAUUGAAAAAGAAUCCUGAAGAUCUACAAGUUGAGGAUCAGUCAGACAAAUCGAAAUACAAACACAAAAUGAAGCAUUCUCGCUCACCAUCUCCAAGAAAAAGAGAGAAAUCGCCAUCUUAUAAAAAGCAUAAAGAAGAUAAGACAAAACAUGAAAAGCACCAUAGUCACGAAAGUAAACAUCAUUACCACCAUCAUAAACACCAUCAUAAAGACAAAAAACAUGCAGAUAAGCCGAAAGAGCUAUCGAUAGAAAAAGAAACGACGAAGACCAAAUCAAUUAGUCCUGAGCAACAUCAACAAGAAAUCGGUGACGAGAAACUCGUUUCCGAGUACGAGGAAUUCAUAAAAAUGGUCAGUAGCACAGAAACUGAGACAAAAACGACAGAAAAUUUGACGGUCAAGUCGCCAGUGCCUACAAUUGCUGCAUUGUCGGCAAGUUCGCCAUCGUCGUUUUACGAAUUCAGUUUAGAGGCAAAAUUGUCAAAGGAAUCAUCUGUUGCUAGAUUGACUGAAAUUGUUUUGCCGAUUAGUAAGUUGAAUAUAGAAGUUCAUAAAUCUGACACUAGUGUGAAAUUAGACAAGGUGGUAGAAAAGGAAAAAUCUACGAAAAAAACUAAGGAAUCUGAAAAAGUAGUUAAAGUGCGAACUCCUUCUCCUCAGCCUGAAGUAUUGUCUGGAGAAAUAGAUAGUGACGUGUCCAACAGCGAAUCCUCGGGUCAAGAAGUUGAAAAAGAAAAGGAAGUAGAACCUGAUGAAGAUGAAGAAAAUAAGGAUGAUGAAGAUGCAGAAUCUAACUCUAUUCCCAGCGAUUGGGAAAAUGUCAAGAUCAAAGUUGAGAAGCUUACGGACGCUGAAGCUUCCGACACAACUGACGCUAGCCCUGCCAAAGUUAAAGUCAGUAAAAAGAAGCGAAAGCGUCGUGAGAGCUGGAGUAGCGAAACCAGUUCCUCGUCAAGUUCUGACUCUGAAGAUGCAAAAUCCAAGAAGCGAAAACGCAGAAGGAAGCGAGCUAGGAAAGAAUCUACGAGUGAAUCUGACAGCAGUGAUAGUAGUUCUAGCGAUACGUCGAGUUCAGAAGAAAUACGCAAGAAAAAGAAAAGAAAAGCCAGCAAGAAAAAGAAAAGAAAACGAAAGCGAACGAAGAAGCUGAGUAAGAAAGUCAAGCGCAAACGCAAGAGGAAGGUCAGUACAGAUUCGAGUAGCAGUGAUUCUGACGAUAAGCCACCACCAAAGAAACGCUCAAAGAAUAUCAAAAAUAAAAAGAAAAAAAAGAAUAAAACUGCCAAGCAGAACGCCGAAACUGGUUCGGAGAAAACAAAAAGCAAGCCGAGUGAAAAUAAAAAGAUUAUCAAGAUAAAAGAAGAGAAGAAAUCUACGAGCAAGCAGACAGCUGUCGAACCCGAGGACAAAAAGUCUCAAAGUUCUGUCAUGGAAAAUAGAAAUAAGCGCGUAAGCGAGUCUACAAACUCUGAUUGGGAGAAGGAAAGUAUACCAAGGCAAACCACAAAAGAACCCGCAGACGCUCCUAAGGUAGAUGAUUCAAAAUCUAGCGAUGUUAAAAAGACAGAUAAGCAGAAUGGUAAUCAAAAAGAGACUAAAAAGAAUUCAAAGGGUCAAGAAAAGGAGAAGGAAGUAAUUAAAACGGUUCCUGAGGAUAAGAAAGUGGAAGAAUCAGAGGUGAAGAAGAGCAAAAAAGAUAAAAAGAAAGAAGGUAAUGAGCUUGAGAAAGAUUGGGACAGAAAUGAAAAGACGCCAGUUCAAGUCGAUAAAGAAAAGGAAAAAUUUUUACUCUUGGAAAAUAAAAAGCCAGUGAUAGAAUGGACCGAUACGGAUUUUAAUUCACUCGAUGUAUUCUCUAUUCAUCAGUUACCGCCACAUCGUCUCGUAGACAAACGUAUUACCGAAAUUUAUGCCAACGAGUGGGAAGUUGAUAGCCAAGAAGCUUUGCCUAAACCUGUCAGUCCACCCGUUAUACCUGAGGCUAAAUCUAAAAAAGUUGAAAAGGUCGUAUAUGAUCAGAAUACAGACACUUACAUACCCGUUGAAAUUGAAAGUUCGAAAGAAAAAAAGAAGAAAGAUAAGCGCUCUAGUACCUUGAGAAUUUGGGAAGACGAGCAAGAAAAUGCUGAUAGGGAAGAAUUGAUGAUGACUCUGGAGAAAAAACUUUCUACUGAACCCAUACCCAAAGUUAAAUCUAGCAAGGAACCUGAAGAUAUUAAAGUUAAUGAUAAAUUAGUUGAUGUAAUUAACGACGACAAACCUAGGCGAAAGAAUCGCUGGGAUGUUGAAAGUCAUACCGUAGGUUUUGAAAACGCGCCUCCCGUUAACUGGGAAGAAGAGACAGAUAUUUGGGUGACGAAAUCGACUAUGGUUGACAAAUCAAACACAGUGUCCUUGACUAGUCCUUUGUUGGAUGAUGGAAUCAAAGACGAGAAUGUAGGAAACGAUAUUGUUGACUCGCCUGAUACUUUGAGGAAGAAGAUGGAAAAGAUCGCCAUGCUAGAAAGAGCACUGAUCGAUAAAGUCGUUGAAACUAAUCCACCUGAGGUUUUGGAUAAUCUUGAUAUCCUAAAAACUUCAAUGGGAGUUCAAGAUACAUUGGAUUUAGAACCUCCCAAUCCGAAUGAAAUAGCGGCGAUGAAAGAUCAAAAGCUAUUGGUAGUAAAGGAAAAGUCCAUUCAAGACAUAUCAUUAAAGAGGAGCAAAAUCGACAAAUCUUUGGUCAGUAGUUGGGAAAGUGCAGUUUCGUCGAUCAAUGAUGAAUUUGGUAUACCUGUUUUGGCCGAAAUCGAUUCGAAACUCGAUGCAUCAGAUAGUUCUCAUGGAAAUAUAUUUCUUCAGUGUGAGAACCUAUCGUUUGAACCUAAUCUUAUGAGCAAAGCUUCAGCAAAACCCAUCGAAGCAUCAGAAGAGAAAUCCAAAGUGGUAAUCAAACUGAUACCAAAGCAAGUUAUCACACCAACGAAAAAGUUUGAUGAUUUUGAAGAAGAGCCCAAACCUAUUCAAGCUACCAAAACUGCAGAUAUACCAGCUAGUCAUAGAUCACCUCAAUCUGGUGAUAAGAAAAGAAGUCCAAGCCGUAAGGAUGUUGGUAAGAGCAGCUCGAAAAAUAAUGAUGGAAAAGAUAAAGGUCGAAGAAGAUCUCCACUAAAUUCAUGGGACUCGAGAGAGCAAAUAAAGAAUAGAAGAUGUAGUCGGAGUAGGAGUAGAAGCAGAAGUCGUAGCCGGAGUAGAAGUCCAAAGAAUAGAAGUCCUCGGAGAAGAAAUGAUCGGAAAGGGCAUAAAAGAGAUAAGAGAAGCCCUUACAGAGAUUCGAAGAGAAAAAUUGAUCGCAGUAAGAGGACACCAGAUAAAAGUAAAGAUAAGUCCUACGAUCCUAUGGAAAUUCUUCGAGAAAGAAACUACGAUGGCGAUAGAGGCCGUGAUAAAUCUCGAGGGGAAGACGAUACUUCAAAAUCUCGUCGAUACACAGAACAUUCAGAUGACUAUAAUUAUGAAAAUAAGCGAUCUAGAGAUGGUAGUUUAGACAGGGAUUCCAAAUGUCCUCGUACUAAUGCCAGAAGUCGUAUUAGAAGGGACAGAAGAAGUAGUCGGUCUCGAUCUCCUAUCUCGCCAGGUAGGAAGUCAAGAAAAUCACCACCCCGUUGGCGUUCUCCUCCUCCUCGUUCGAAAUAUCGUUCGCGUUCGAGAUCUUGGUCUCGGUCUAGAUCAUCAACGAGAUCACGGACAAGAUCUAGAUCACGAUCGAGAAGUAGAUCAGGCUCAAGAUCGAGAUUUAGGUUACUGGAUAAGUCUCGUCGUUCUAGGUCAUACUCACCAGGACGUACUCGUUUCGCGGACACCGAUCGUUUCAAAUAUGACCAUGAAAAGACUCGUUUAGACGAAGAAAUCCAUCGCCUUGGAGAUGGAGUUAAUCGUCCGCCUGGUCUGUUACCUCGACAAGUCGAUUCACCAGUGGCAGCUCUCGUUACUCCUGUGCGGCCACGAUCUCGCUUGGAUACGAUCAUCCAAUUAACCGGCGAUGAACAACAAGAAAAUCAAGUUCCUCAGGUAACCGGUGUUCCCGCUCCGCAGCUUUAUAGUAGGUAUCCAAAUGAUGGCGAGCAGGAGCCCGAGUUUAAUACGUAUUGUCAGGCUAGGAACUUGACGUAUCCUAAAAUCGCGGAAGAAACGUCAACGGACUCGCCGAAGAGAUUGUCACUGGAUGAAAGGCUUGAAUUGGAGCUUGGGAUCAAAAAAGAUUCGCCAGUGCCAGUACCUUAUGGAUCUCCUGUAUUCAUAGCAGGUGUUCCUGUAUUUCCUAAAGGCCCGCCACCUUCAAUUCAUAGACAUUUUCCUCCCAGACAUCCUCCCCCUACAGUCUUGCAGGUUGGUAAUGUGUUGCAAGUAGUCCCAAGCGAAUAUCCAGUACGACCGUCAGAGCCACCUCCCCAACUUCCAUCGGUGAUUCCUCCAGCCAACCAAAUUGUUCGCGUAGGUGAUGUACUUCAAGUAGUACCAACAACCGUAAUCGACUGGGCUCCAGGUGUACAGCAUUCUCCGGUAGCCGUGGUAACAACACCCAUUCGUUUUGCACCACCUCCAAUGGGUACUCCGACUUCAUCACCAGCUAUGGCAUCGCCUUUACAACCCAUUACUAUCGGUCAAUUGCCACCAAUCGUCAAACCGAUGCUGCCUAUUAUUACGUCACCGCAGAUUGCUUCUAGUCCUGCUGUAGCGUUUCCUGCGCCUAAACCGCUACCACCGCCGCCACCGCCAGAACCUAUUGUUCAACCGGUUUAUAACUAUGAGGCAAUUAUGGAAGCUCGACGAAUUGAAAGAGAAGAGCGUAAGCGCCAAAAAGAACUAAAACGCAAGGAAAAAGAACGUAGGCGUUUAGAUCGAACAAAAAGACGGACUGAAAGAAUUUUGAACAAGAGUAAAGCAAUUCCAUUGACAAGUGCCACAAUUAGCACUGUUUACAAUAAACCUUCAGUUAACGCCGAAUUGAAUGCCAUUAUUGCUAGUGAAAUGAGUAGGAGUAUGGAACUGGAAGAAUCGCAAUUUUUAAUGACUGGUGAAGAGUCAGAGGAAGCAGUUGGAACUUCUGUAAAUACAACUGUUAAUAAUGAUGAGGGAGAUAAUGACGAGGAAGAAGAUGAACAGGACGAGGAACAGGAACAACAGCAGCCAGAAGAGAAUGAAGAGGAAAAUGAAGAAGUAGCUCCCACUGAAGAGAAUGGUAGUACGACUGCCGUAGUCAAGCAAGACGACGUUAAGGUUACGAAUAUUCCUCCUCCACCAGCUAAAGGCAUUCUCAUUCUUCCAGGAUUUAUAAAUUUAUCCAAGACUAAUGGAUUAAUUAAUGACUUGGAUGACCUUUCAAAUGAAAAAGACGAAACAAAACUAAUUGACGACGGUUUAGGAAAAGAUGAUGACGGUAGAUCGGUAUCGACAUCUCUAAAAGUAUUUGAAAGAAUGAGAAAAAGAAAAGCUGUAGUAUUUGCGGACGGAAUAAAACCUGGCGAAGGAACAAGUCCAAGCGGUGGAGAAGGUGAUAUAGCUUCGCCUCCUCCUCCUUCAGCGGCAAAUCUACCACAAGAUUUGACGUCGGAUAUUUCUAAGAAAUUACGUGCUAAGAAAUUACGAAAAAAACAAAAACACUCAAAACCUGUCAAAACGAAAAAGAAAAUCAAGGUAAAAAUUAUUAAACUGAAAAAACCAAAAGUAUCGCCUAUCUCGUCGUUACUCGAGGAUUCGGACGAAAUGGACGAUCGGUCGCCACCGCCACCGCCACCAGGAUCACCACCACCACCACACCUGUGGCCAAGUUAUCUGCAAACAUACCAACCCAAUGGCCCGACUAUGACUUCCUCGACUACGCGGCCAGCGCCGACCGUAACUCCGGCACCAACAUUGCCACCAGCUGAAGCGCCACCUACGCCACUGCCGCUCCUCGUGCCACCACCACCGCUCAACUACUCUAUUCAGCCCAGCAGGGCUUAAACAUAGAGACGAUAUUUCAAUCGCGAUAGAUUUUUUCUUUUAAUUAGUUAGUUAUUAUAAAUAGCGAUGAGCAAACAGAGCAUAAAUUAAUUUUAACAUGACAACGUUGAAAUUUUCUAAUUCGAGUUUGUACAUAGCUCGCGGAUUGCCACUAUAUAGUGGAGGCGAUAUUACUGCUAUUUUUUUGGUUGCCUGAUGUACAAUUGGCAUGAUGUUUUUAGUGAAGAAAGUUACUAGCUCAAUUGUUUUUAGAUAGUUGGAGUUCGUGCGAGUUAGUCGUAUUAUUAGCUUUACUUUACGUCACGUCUUCGCUUGCUCGAUGGGAGCUUUUUUUUUUAUUUAACCGAUAGCAAGAGAUCGUAAAAUGAUUGUACUUGGAUCACUAUAUGAUCUCUCGUGGAUAAAUAAUUGUUUUUGUAAAUAGAUACCGUUUUAUAGAACGAGGACAAUUAUUCAAGACACUUUUAAAUAUCGUCGAUCCUGCAAGCAUAGCAUAAUAAAGCCAAGUAGUUGAACAUAAUGUAUGAUAUAUUCCUAGUUAAGCGAAUGAUUCUAAGCUGUGCGAGCUGAAAAUAUUUAAGGUGUCUUUAAUAACAACGAUUUCAUACGUAAAAUAUAAAUUUUGAAUGAUUCCUGUAAUUUGUUGAUUGAAAUUGUUGAUUCUUAUAUCGGUAAUUAAAUUCUGUGCUUUUGUGGUAAAUAGAUUUCUUGAUAAAAAAAAUACACCUGUAAUUGCAUUGCUUUAUGAUCAUCGAUAUAAAGUGAAACGUUAUUUUUAUGCGAAAAUGAAAUAAAUCUUGUAAAUAGUAAGAAAUAAAGUUACUGACUUU